UGAUGUCAAGUGUGAAGCAUGCCAGAGGUUUUUCAGAGAUGGCUUGACAAUAUCCUUUACAAAAAUACUGACAGAUGAGGCUGUUAGUGGAUGGAAAUUUGAGAUCCAUCGGUGCAUCAUUAAUAACGCCCACCGACUGGUGGAGCUGUGUGUGAGCAAGCUCUCUCAGGACUGGUUCCCUCUGCUAGAACUCUUGGCGAUGGCCGCCAACCCCCACUGUAAGUUCCACAUCUACAAUGGUACUCGGCCCUCUGAGACGGUGCCUGCUGGGGUUCAGCUAGCUGAGGAUGAGCUUUUUGCCCGUCCACCUGACCCUCGCUCUCCUAAGGGCUGGUUGGUGGAUUUAAUAAACAAAUUUGGCACGUUAAACGGGUUUCAAAUUCUGCAUGAUCGAUCCAUGAGUGGCCAAGCUCUGAAUGUUCAGAUCAUUGCUGCACUCAUUAAGCCUUUUGGACAGUGCUAUGAGUUUCUCACUUUGCACACAGUGAAGAAGUACUUCCUUCCCAUCAUAGAAAUGGUUCCCCAGUUUCUAGAAAACCUCACAGAUGAGGAAUUGAAAAAGGAAGCAAAGAACGAAGCCAAAAACGAUGCCCUGUCUAUGAUAAUCAAAUCUUUGAAGAACCUGGCUUCUCGAGUACCAGGACAAGAGGAAACAGUGAAGAAUUUAGAGAUAUUUAGGUUAAAAAUGAUUCUUAGGUUAUUGCAGAUUUCUUCUUUUAAUGGCAAAAUGAAUGCACUAAAUGAAGUGAACAAGGUGAUUUCAAGUGUUUCAUACUACACGCAUCGUCAUGGCAAUCCUGAAGAGGAAGAGUGGCUGACAGCAGAACGCAUGGCAGAAUGGAUUCAGCAGAACAAUAUUUUGUCUAUUGUGCUGCGAGACAGCCUUCAUCAGCCACAAUAUGUGGAGAAACUGGAGAAGAUCCUGCGAUUUGUCAUCAAAGAAAAGGCCCUAACGCUUCAGGACCUGGACAACAUCUGGGCCGCUCAAGCAGGGAAACAUGAGGCUAUUGUCAAGAACGUUCAUGAUCUCCUUGCAAAGCUGGCAUGGGAUUUCUCACCUGAACAGCUGGACCAUCUCUUUGACUGCUUCAAGGAGAGCUGGACAAAUGCAAGUAAAAAGCAGAGAGAGAAGUUACUGGAAUUGAUUCGUCGACUGGCAGAGGAUGACAAGGAUGGUGUGAUGGCUCACAAAGUACUCAAUCUGCUGUGGAAUUUGGCCCAUAGUGAUGAUGUUCCUGUGGAUAUCAUGGACCAGGCCCUUAGUGCUCAUAUUAAGAUUUUGGACUAUAGCUGUUCCCAGGACAGGGACACACAGAAGAUGCAGUGGAUAGACAGAUUCAUAGAAGAAUUAAGAACUAAUGACAAAUGGGUGAUUCCUGCACUGAAGCAAAUACGGGAGAUCUGUAGCCUCUUUGGAGAAGCCCCCCAGAAUUUAAGAAAGAAAAUACCUAUUAACUUACUAAAGAGCUUAGAGGGUCAAACGCAGCGGAGCCCACAUGUCUUCUAUCGACAUGACCUAAUCAACCAACUGCAGCACAACCAUGCACUGGUCACUCUUGUAGCAGAGAACCUGUCUGCAUACAUGGAGAAUAUGAGGCAGUUCUCGAAAGGUUUGUGA